AAAAGCUCUAUAUUAAAGAUUAUUCUAUAAGCAUAUUUAAUUUAAGAUAAGAAGCAUUUUUUAUUAAAACAAUAACUACGACAGCUUUUAUUGCAAAAUAGUAUUUCUUCACCGGUUAUUUUGAUUUGAGGUUAACUUCGAAUUGUGUUUGUGGCAAUAUGAAUAACAACUGGAAUGUAAAUAAUAGAGACCGUAAAGGAUGGGGAGGAUAUAGGGGAAGGGGUCGGGGAAGGGGAGGGAGAGGCUCUUGGCCGAGAAAUGAAAAUUUUCGUGAUCAACAAACGCCUUAUGGAAAUCAAAAUCGAGGCUUCCGUGGGGGAAGAGGCAACUUUGGCACGCAUAAAAAACCUUCCAGAGAAACCCCAGGUAAGAGGCUCUCAGAGGAAGAGAUUGGUGUGACAGAAUACAUGAGUGAUCAUAAAGGCUUCAAUGGAAUUAUUAAAUGUAGAUAUUCAGACUUUCAAGUAUCUGAGAUAAAUGAGAGUGGAGAGAUAGCAAAGCUCACAGAUAUGUCACCACCGGAGCCACCUACGGAGGAGAUCAUUGAUGAGGAUGAGGACUUGUUGCUGUCUAAAUAUAACCUAGAGAUAUUGCCUUUGGAGACUUGGGAUCGUAUUAACAGUCUCAUUGUUAAUCCACCAACAGAUAAGAAUGUUGAAGUUGAUGUGACGGGUAUGUCCAAAGAGGAACGGACAAAAAUACAUGAUUCAGUGAAGAAGGCAUUUGGACCCAGCCUAGUUAGUAGUACCGUUACUAUUGAUGAUAAAAAGAUUGUAAGAUUUGAAAAAUUUAAAAAAGGAGUGCGUAGAGACAACAGAGUGAAAUGGGUAUGGCCAGGGGAAUAUGUUCACUUUGUUCUACACAAAGAGAACUGCGACACAAUGGAAGCUGCUAUAAGGAUUGCUGAGAGAUUGAAAUUGAACAUAAAACCAUCAAUGCUAGGCUACGCUGGUACAAAGGAUCGUCGUGCUAAGACAACGCAAUGGUUUAGUCUCCGCAAAGUGGACCCGAGGAAGAUAGUAGCGGCAACUAAAGAUUUACGCGAUUUGUACGUCGGAAACUUUACCUUCAAAAACUAUAACUUAAGACUCGGCAUGCUCAAGGGUAACAGGUUCCGUAUAGCGUUGCGGAACGUGACAGCAUCAGACGAGGUGAUAGAUGAAGCGUGUGAGAGACUGCGCAAGCACGGCUUCAUCAACUACUUCGGUCUGCAGCGCUUCGGCACACGAGUCGACAUGCCUACAUAUGAGAUUGGACGGAAACUGCUGCAGAGUAACUUCAGAGAGGCAGUAAACUCUAUACUACAAGACAGAGCGAGUUCGCGUAGUAUGGCGCGCGCAGCCGCGGGUGAGGCGCGGCUAGAACGCGCAAUCAAUAACAACCCUCGAGAUCUCAUCGGAGCGCUCGACCAGUUGCCGCGUAACCAGCGUAUGAUGUAUCUCCACUCAUAUCAAUCUCUGGUGUGGAACCGCUGCGUGUCGCGUCGUCUGCAUCUGCUCGGACACCAGCCUGUUGUCGGAGACAUCGUGCCCCUGCACAACCUGCAGCACAACGAAGUAGAAGACGAUGAUGAGUCAGACGACGAAAAGGACACAACAGACGAGAGCGACUAUUCUGUACAAGACACAGAAAACAAUUCUGUACAAGAUACGGGAGACAAUUCUGUACAAGAUACAGAAAACAAGGAAUGUAAGGAUAAAAGUAAAGAACAAGAGAAGAAUGCACCAAAACCAAAGGUUCCUGUUAAAAUUCUUAAUGAAGAAGACAUAGCGAGUGGUCGCUACAGUAUAUUUGAUAUAGUGAUGCCAAUUCCCGGACACAAUGUGGAAUAUCCUCCAAACAUGAAGGAAUAUUACAAAGAACUAGUCGAAAAGGAUAAUUUAAAGUUGGAAAUGACACAUAAAAACAAGGCAUAUUCCCUGUCAGGGGCUUACCGUCACAUAGCAGUGCGGCCUGAAGAGCUGGAGUGGUGCACCGUCAGGUACAACGAGCCCUUCUGUGACCUGCAGCUGUCGGACCUGCAGGAACUUCACCAGUACACCGACACUGGCAUUGUUCAAGAUGGUAAAUUCAAGGCAUGCUUGUUGACUAUAACAUUGCCUGUGAGUUCGUAUGCCACUAUGGCAUUAAGAGAAUUACUCAAAGUUGACACCUCCAAUGACAAUCAAGCUCAACAGAAUAACUACUUCAAGAGUAAGACAGAAGAUAACUAUGACACAGAAGAGAAAAAAGAAGAUGGUGAAAGUGACGAUAAACAGGAUAAAAAUAAUUCAUCACAAUAUAAUGAAAACAUUGAAAGUAAUGAUAAUAGAGGUGAAAAGAGGAAAAAUGAAGAUGAGUCAGAAGUAGAUGUAAAGAAGAAUAAAGAAGAUAAUCUUGACAAUGUAAUAUAAAUAUCAUUGUGAUUUUA